AUGCUUUUAAAAUUUUUAUAUAAUAAUGCAAUCGUAUUUAACAAUUGGAAAUGGUUAACGGUAUUAAAUGCUUCGAAUAGGUUAAAUUAUAGCAAUAACGCGUUUCGUAUUUUUAACCCGUUGGUUGCCCAUUUGGCCGUUGGAAAAAAUGCUUUUUUUUUUGCUUUAUUAACAAUUCGUUUCGCUAUAAUUAAUUCGAUAACUUUUAAAAUUAAUAAUAAUAAAAUAAUAAAUUUCCAUUCCCCGCUUGUAGCAAUUAUUGCGUUAGCAAGUUUUGCAAUAACGGUUGCGCCCGGCAAUUUAACGGCUUUAAAUAACCCGUUCGGGAAAUGGUUUUAA